GGUCACGCUGAAAGAGCCACUUGUGACGACCGGCACUUCCAAUUCUCUUCAACUGCAACACACUCCUUCACCUCAACUUUUCGAUCAAGUACAGAGAACAUAUCAGCGACCCGAAAACGACAGUCCGCGCACUGAGCGCUUGCAUUAAUCAUGGCCGAUGCCAACUCGACCUUCAAUUCCACGAACAACGGCACCUUCAAUGGCACACACACCGAGUUCACGCCUCCUGCGCCCGGGAACUUCUGGAUAGGACUGCUAUGGCCUAUUCUCUACAUCACGAUCCUCGUCGGCUCCCUCUCCACAUUCUCCUCACUAUACCGCAAACGUCAAAUAGCAAAGGCCGCCGCUCUCGAAUCAUGGUUUCCACCGCACAAGGCACGGGACUUGUACCUCUCAUUACUACAUAUGGACCCAAGCGAAAACGCAGCGGAGGAUGAGAAGAAGUUGAAACAAGUGCCGGAUAACGUGUUGAAGGCUGCCUUGCUGGCCCGCGCUGUGGAAGACAUUCAGAGGAUCGUGCAAUUGAGGACGAGCAAGCCUGCUCUGCAAACACUGCUGCAACGAGGAAGCGUCGGAGACGAACUAUGGCAGAGGUACUUGCGUGCUGAGAAGGAGAUGGAGGAAGAGGUCAAGGAUGUGGUGAACGAGGCCAACGCAUUCGCACAAAACUGGGGACAAAUCAUCUUCCAAUCAGCCAACGAGAUCAACCAGAAUCGCAUCAUCAAGGAACGCAUCGCUGAGUUGCAGGCAACGACGGAAGCAGAGAAGGCUUGGUGGGAGAAGAGGAGAACAGGAAUUCAGGCAAACUUCAUGAAGGAGCUGGAUGAAGAGGAGACUGCGGCUGCAAAGGCCACACAGGCUGCAAUCGCAAAGGUCCAGGCACAACAAGGAAGCAGUGACGAAGACGCGCCCGUCAUGGUCGAAGCUGGCGGUCCCGACAGCGCUCAGGGCAGCCUUCGAGGGAAGAAGGGCGGCAAGAAGUAGAGUUCCUCGCUCCUUGCGACCUGACACCAUAGCGCCUUUCCAGAUACGACGAGUACGUUUCCGAUGUUCGACAGCGAGCUUUCCCAUCACAGGUCGCACAUCUCUUGCAGCAGAAAGGGUCAAAAGCUCAUGAGAUCAUGUUUCACGGCGCCAGAGGAGAACUCAUUACUAGCCAUAGUUCGCUCAGUUUUCUGCUUAUUUAUCCAUCAGCGUGGCGUUGUGGCUUGCUUUUUGGUUAGCGAUAGAGCAGAACGAGGGGAAAUGGACGGUCAGGCGCUAAUAUGAAGCGUCUGCGACCAGAUUCGACAGCAUCACUCUUAGU